GCGCCGCCGCUGAGCGCACCAUGCGGGCUGUCAUCGCCUUGGCCGCGGCGCUGGGCAGCCUGCUGCUCGGAGGCUGUCUCCUGCGCCUGGGCGGCCAGCAGCCCCUCCGCGCCAGGGGCUGGGAGGAGGAGGCAGGAGUAGCGGCUGUCACGCCGAAAGUGGUGCGAGCCCUCAGGUCUCCCCUGACGCCCCUUCCUCACACCGAGAACAGGUACGGGCUGGCCGCUCGCAGAACAACUCUUAAUAAAAAUGGAAUUUACCAGUUUGAACAGGCUUCAAAAUGUAAGGCAAUUCAGGACAACAUUUUGUCAUCAUCUAUCAAGAAGAAAAGAUACUCAGAAGAUUAUUAUCUUCACAUAGUCACAAAACUGCAGAACUGCACCUGGAUAAGGAAACCAGAAGAAUCUACAAAAUUCAGGUCAGAAUUAGCUUCCUGCUGUGAUGCAGUUCACAAUUUUAUUGCUUCUCAAAACAACAGCCCACUGGGAAGUAACAUGAGUUACGAAGUGGACAGUAAAAAGACUAUCCUCAUUACAGAGGACAUUUUUAAGAUGCUGCCUGUGUCCUCUCCUCUUUCAGUCUAUCCCUUCAAGAACUGUGCUGUGGUUGGAAAUGGAGGCAUUCUGAAAAAUUCCAGCUGUGGAGCUGAAAUCGAUAGCUCUGACUUUGUUUUCAGGUGUAACCUCCCUCCAACCACAGGAAACAUUAGCAAAGAUGUUGGCAAUAAAACAAACCUUGUGACUGUUAAUCCGAGUAUCAUAGCUCAGAAAUACAACAAGCUAAAUGAAAAGAAGACAGAAUUUCUGGAAAACAUUGCGGCCUAUGGAGAUGCUUUUCUUUUACUGCCAGCAUUUUCCUUUAGAAGCAACACAGCCACUUCUUUUAAAGUAUACCACACUCUGAAAGAGUUCAAAGCAACCCAAAGGGCAAUAUUUUUUCACCCCUCUUAUCUGAAAAGUCUUGCCCAGUUCUGGAGAACUAAGGGUGUGAAAGCCUACCGGUUGUCAUCUGGUUUUAUGAUCACUAGUGCUGCUCUUGAGCUGUGUGAGAAUGUGAAGCUCUAUGGUUUCUGGCCUUUCUCAAAAUCCAUAGAGAAGAUGCCAAUCAGCCAUCACUAUUAUGACAACCAGCUGCCUAAACCGGGUUUCCAUGCAAUGCCCAAAGAAUACAACCAGAUCCUUCAGCUUCAUGGCAAAGGCGUUUUGAAGUUGCAGUUUGGUAAAUGUGAAUCAGACUAAAAAGGGUGAUGAUCCUAAGGAGGCAAUUUGUGUGUAUCUCAGCAGUUCGGUGUUGGAUUUGCUCUGAUGUGAUUUUGUGAGCAUUAAACUGCAUUAUUACAAUAGAAAAAUAUUUUACACUUGGGGGGGAAAAGGGAGUGAUUUUUUCACACAGUGACUGCUGCAUUUACAAAUUUUGAGUAAUCAUUUUUUAAAAUACAAAGUAACAAUAAUUUGGAAAAUUCUGAAACUCCUUACUGCUGGUUUAAUGGUAGCAAAGCACAAUCUCAGGAUGGUGGCAAUAUGUGACAUUCAUCAUGUUUUGCUUCUUAGAGGAUCAUUAAAAUAUUUUGACAUAAGUUCUCUGGUUUUGUUGAUAUCACAUAGUAUAGGCAAUAGUCUCUGUAUGGUGGCUGCAUGAGUUGGCAGUGAAUGUUUUCAAUUAAGAACUUCAUCCUGUAAAUACUGGCAUUUGUCUACAUGAGAGAAGUGAUGAGAAGAGCUGCAGAGGAGUAAUAAAUUCAGAGCCAUGUCUUUCUUAGUUUGACCCAGGGUGCACAGAUGAGAAAAUCCCUCAGGUCAGAGGUAGUUAAGUGGUUUAUGGGCUUUCAUUUUGUGGGUAGUAAGUAGUGCUGUGGAUUUAACAAGCUUUCAUUUUGUGAGCAAUAGAUGAUGCUGUGGAUUUGAUGGGAUCACUCAUAUGAGUGAUGUUAAUUCUAAGAAAAAGUGUAUGAAGGACCAGGGCUUUAUAAUUAUUUAUAAACCACUCUGCUUGCUUGUGUUCCUGUAUAAGGUCCAGUUCAGCUCCAAAUGAGAACCGUGAACCUGGUUUCACACUACAAUCCCCAGAGCAUGACUUUGCACACAUUCUUGCUAUUGCAGCUCUGUGUCUUGUUUGAUACAUGAGAUGGAAUUUCCAUUAGAAAGAUGAUGGGUACCAAGCCUAUAAUUAAAUUUCUUUUCAUGUAGUAUAGCUUGUAUUCAUGUUACUACAGAUAAUGAAACUGCACUAAACAUUAUUAGAAGGAUGAUCCUUUUACCAUCAACCCCAAGCUCUUCUAUGCCAGGAUGUAUGAGAAAGCCAACUACAUUCCCCUAAUUUAUAACCUGUGUAGUUCUUUAAGUUUUCCAUAUGGUCCAAGAAUACGUAUGGAGCAACACCCAGCAGCAAGAGAAAGUGAAAUAUCAGCCCAGAGGAAAGAAUCCCUUUAACUUUUACAGGAGCUUUGACAAGCAGUUGUACCGUAGCUUUUACUGUUCUACUGCAGAAAAAAACCCCAACCAAGCAAGCAAUCAAAAUUUAAAAAUUGUAAUAACCAGUUUCUGUUAAGAGUUCCACUGAUUCUUUUGAGAAUCCUUUGAAUGGUCAGUUCGAAGACAGAGUGUCCUUCUUCUACAGUCAGAUACUAUCAGGUAUUUUGUUUAGUACAAUUCCUUUUGCUACGGCAGCAUUAAAUCCCAAGUCAACUGAUUUAAAGAGCAUUCAGUAUUCCACUCUUCCAGGAUUAUAUCUGAAAAAAAAAUUCCCACUUAAAUGAAUUGGACCUUAUGAAAUAAGGUUCAGAAAAGCCUUUUAAAUAUAUAUUUCAUAAGAGCAUUACUGUAUUGUAAUAUUUGAAAGCUUACCUUGAAGCAGUUUUAUAAUCACAUAAACACUCCUGGAAGUAUUAGAAUCAAUCAUUAUGGUUACAGGUCUGUUGAUUGAGCAUCUGGAUCCAUUUCCAAGAUAAUGAUUUCAGAAUCCAAUAUUCCUCCUACCCAAGUAGAAGUGUCCAUAAAUUCUGAUUACAGCUAUCAGCAAUAAAGUACAUUUUUUGAAAAUAAGGGGUUUUAAAAAAUACGUAGUGCUUUGGGGAAAUAACUGAUGCCACUAGUACACAUGAGGACCUCUGAGAGUCAGUAGAGCCUUUAACAGAAACAAAGGCAGCAGAAUUGAGCUGAUGAGUCCAUCUGCAUUACCAGCUGGUAACUGGAAGAGGGGAGCACAGGGGUUUUAUUUAUUCUGAUCCGUUCCAGUUCCAGCACCACAAUCCACAUUUUUUCUUUCCCAGCAAUGAAAUUUUUGCCAUUUUCUGGCCACAGGCAUCUAUUGCUCAUGUGCAGAGAGCUGGCUGCUUGCAAGAACCUGCACCCAUGUUACAAGUGUUAUAGAUGGUUGCCUACUGCAAUAUCCUAGCUAUAGAUCAAAGAUAAAUUUGCUCCCAAAAGACCAUCUCCUCUGCUAUAAAUCACUCACAUGGAGUGUUUUUAGUAGAAGCUGUGCAAAGUGAUGUAGUUGUCCUUUGGGUGAGGCAAACAGCUGAGGUUGAGAACCUUGCUGCAUUUCAUCCAGACAGACAAAGGCCACCUGUGUUCAUGUAAGGACUGUAACUUAUUCCAGGCUAGUGAAGAGCAGUGAGGUGUUCUUGGCCGUGUAGCAGCUACAUGGUUUGUCUUGGGGAAAAUUCAUGCAUCUUUUACAGGUUUUUACAUUGCAUCCAGAACAAUUGCAAGUGCUCUGCGCACACAGAGAUAAUGUAAGAUCAUUCAUUGCUCAGACUAAAUUCAGUUAACUACUCAGCAUGAGUAAAGGGGAAAAACCUGAUUGUGUGAAGUAGAAGAUGGGGAGAGGAGAAAAUGUAAUUUAUCUGCGGGGAAGAAGCCACUUUUUUUCAAAAGCAUUUGCUAAUUAGUACCAUGUUGCACUUAGUGAAUAAGUAUAAAUAGUGUACCAUGACACACCACAAAGAGCUGAAGUUACUCUGUAUUGGAACUAUUUCUGUGCAGCUACAUGAUUUGAAACACAUAUGUAUUAGUAACUGGGAAGACCAUCAGAAUACAUUUUAAGAGAUGUUUGUCCAAAAAGAGAAAGUCUAUUCUGGCUUCCUUGAUGAAAAGAGGUCUUAACUGAAGGAAUGUGAUGUAGCACUCACAACUGAGAGCAAGUGGAAAUUUCUGUAGUAUGGGCAGCCACUGACUUUUUAGCACUGUUUCCACAAAGUUUAAACUUGCCAAUGACUUGAAGACCUGAUCUUCCAUGCUCUCAAGGCUCUCAGUGGUUUAUGGAACACUGGGCUGAUAAGAAAUUCUUGAAGGAACUGUUGACCUUUCCUACCCUUUCCUACAACUGCUCUUAACUCUGUAUAGAAUAAAAAUAUACUCUGUUAGACUUUAGAUUGAGAUCCUCAGGCCUUGCUCCAGACAUGAAGUUAGUAUGAGAUGUUAGUUGCAUCCACUUCACUCUAUAGAAGGGCAGACAUUGUACUCAGCCUUAUUAUAGCUACUGGUGCUGCAUGCGGGGUGGCUGGUUAAUUCGGGUGCAGGCUGGGCAAGUUAGUAGUGGCAUUUCUGCACCACAGGGUACCAUCAGAUUGCUCAAGACUAGCUGAAGUACACUCACUGUGGGAAAUGAUGUUUUCUUGGUUAGCUGAGUACAUUAUUUCUAGUUUAUUUAAGACAUUUGCCAGGUUAAUAAUAGUAAAUGGAUUUUAUACCUAGCUGGAAAUGUUUAUGACACUGUUGCACGACUGAGUCUACAUCAGUUUGGAUUAAGGAUUCUUGACCUAAGGUUAGUAAGGACCUUUCAAUUCCCUCUAUUUCACAUCAGAAAUAUUAAUUUUUAAGAUUUGUGGGCCUCCAAUGCUGUCACAUGCUGUGGAAUGAAUAUUGAGAUUAAAUAGUUUUCUAAAGAUAGAAACACUGACAGUGUGCUAAUAUUUCCACUGUACCUUUUCAGAAGCUGACAGUGUCCUUGCACAACUGCAUCACAGCAUCAUUAGAUUAAAGCCUGCCUUUUAUUCCUUUUUCUCCUCGGAAUCUCUAAUGUUGCAUCCUCCUUCAGGAUCCAGUGCUGUCUUGAGUUGGUUGUCUUUACCCUGUGGAGUGUUACGCAGCCCUUUUUAGUGUCUGUUAGGGAGUUUGUAUGACUGUGAAUCAAACACUGCUAUGCUUGCAGCAUAAUAAAACAUUCUGUAAAUGACUGGGUUUACACCUGAAGGAAGGCAGCUUGGUGUGAUAUUCACAUUGCCUAACUGGAGCUGCUAAAGUUGGUCUGUAGCUGCAUGGUGACUUAAGCUGGAAUGGCUGCAAGGUCCAUUCCCCGUUCUCAUGCUGCACCUCUCCCUUCAUGCUGUGUCUGACCAAGCUGUUUUGGCACCCUGAGAUGGCAAAACCCUACCAUGGCAACAGAACAAGAAAAUUGGUUCAUGCCAAGAGACAGGGGAAUUUCAGAGUCAAAGCAAAGGAGGGGGUAAGACCACUCGGGUGGAAUUGUAGGGACACAGUAGGUGCCUUUUGUUAUCCGACAGCUGUUGGACAGACCCAGUGGCCCCCUGAAAGCUUGACCACAUCCAGAAGGUAACUUCUCUGAGGCUCUGCUUUGUCAGAAUGGAGAGAUGGGCCCCUGCAAGGGGGAUUGGCAGCACAGCAGCUGUUCCGGUGGGCUGGAGCCCAUCUCUCCCUGUGGUGCCAGAAGGUGCUUAAGGCAUCUACACUAAGGACUCUGGGUGCCAACACUGCUGAUUAUUGCUCACCCUUCUCUCUUUCCCAUUACAGUCAUUUUAACAAGCUGGCAACCCCAGCAGAUUCAGAAAUAAGUAGAAAAAUUCUCAAUUCACUGAUAGUAAACUUGCAUAAACUUGCUUGUUAUUCAGCAUACCUUUGCUUUCAGCCUCUUUUAAUCCCAGCAUCUAAAACAGCAUCUGCAGAGAAAAGAGGUGAACAAGGCCUGAGGGGGUCGAGAGUUUGAUUCUCUUUCCUUUGUGCAUUAGUGAGAUGACUGGCAUACCACCAUGCUUGACAAAAGAUUAAAUUCUCUGUCUUGAGUGACUCAGGAAAAGAAACUAAAUUAUCUAGGUGACUUCUGGCCUUCUGUGGCUCUCUAAAGCACUAGCAAAAUUUUCCUGUUGUUAGGUAUUAGUUGAUUUUAUUCUGUCCAAAUAUCUGGAUCAGUUAAUUCAUCUGGGUUAAAUUGAUCAUGUACACCUUGAGCCUGCACAGACUCUGUCGUGGAGCUGCAGCCUACCACAGCAAUCUAGGUUUAGAUCCAUUUGACCUAGAGAUCUUUUUUUGUUCUUUCACUUCCUCUCCUGUGACAAAUUCGUGGAGGGAGGUUCUGAAUAUCCAUGCAGUAGCUCCUCUAAGGACACUCAGGUCCACAAAGCACACAUCCACCUGUAUACAGGAGUCUGUGAGAUCAAACCCAAGGAAUAUUCUGUGGAGGACUUUAUUUUGUAACAAGUCUAUCUCAAACAGUUAAUAACCUCUUGCAGCAUGCUUUGAAGCAGUAGGCUUCUUACACACGAGUCUUUUAGUUAAACGUAUCUUAGUUUAACUUCAUCUCAGUUAAUCCUUCAUCUUGUGCUACUUGAGCAGCAGAUCUCUUUAAUCUCUAGGUCUGCUAGCCAACAACAGUGACAAGGGGGCAAGUAGUUAUUUUAGAAGGCUCAACUCUCUCUUUAUUUUGAAUUCUGUCAUUCUAGGAUCUAGGAUCAUCCUUCUCUGAGUUUCUGGACAGAAAAAUUUCAAAUGUUGCUAAUCUCUCAGGCUAGUCUGGGGAAAUCCUUAAGGCUUUUCACCCACAGCAUACAAGUGGGCAGAUUUAUAUUUAUUAACCUUUGUUCCAGAUUUUCAUGAAGUAUUUAAUUGGCUCAAAAUUAUCAUUAUGAUCAAGUAGAGCAGAAAUGCUCUGCAGCAUGCCACUAAACAAAGGGAAAAUUGCAGCUAUUUCAUGGUCUCCUUUCAUAAGGGCACAUUUCAGAACACCAUCCUAUUCUGGGAACACGGCUCACCAGGAGACUGACCCGGGGUUACUGGGUUACAGCUACAGGGGUAGCAGCCUGUCAGUGAGCUCUCGGUGUCGAGCAGAUUCCAGCAGUGCAGCAAGAGCUUAACACGAGGGUAGUACAUCAGCUUGAGUUUGCCACUGACCAAGGCGUCAGUGUAGUACUGUGAUGUGCGGUGAUUGAGCUCACGUCACUCUGAGCAUGAGCAAUAACUGCCCUUGGGUAGCAGGUGUUGGCAGAUGCUGGUUUAAGGAUGAAAACAGUCUGAUUGUGAAAGACAAGGAAUGGCAUCCUCGUGUUGCUGUCAAAGGAACAUUCAAGUCUGUCUUUUGCUAAAUCUUGAUGCACCUUCAGCAGUACAUCAGUGUGUGUUGCCACACCUGGUACUUCUGUGUCUUGUCUUUGUUUCAUCCCUCUUUUCUCCAGUGUGGGAUAAAACUCGCAGUGCAUGAUGGAAGUAUUUAAUGAUCCCAUCAUGGUUUCAAGGCAAGAGCCCAUCAGGAUGAAUCAUGCAAAUGGUUAUGACAGGAUAACCUGUUGCUGGGUUUAAAUUCCUCACUAUUCACUUUAGUCCCUGACAAGAGGAGAUUCUUCACAGCAAGUCUGUCGGCCAACAACAUGCUAGGCUUCUCCGCUCUUGGCUUGGCUGUGAGAUGUUUCCCUAAAAACACUUCCUCCUUGGUGGUUUUAUUGUCAGUGUUUAAAAUACAAACCCAUUCUUGAAUUCUUAUGACACUGAAGUAUAACAGCGGACAUUUCUGCAUUUUUAUAUGUACUGUUUGUGUAGUGGCUUCAUAUGUAUUCUUUAUCUUAAUAUUCUUGAUAUUCUUUUGAGUACCUAAUUAAAAUUAUUUUAAAUAUUCUUAUUUUUUAAUGUCACCAGAGUAAAGUGUGUGGGAAGUUACAUAAUGUCAUCUAAAAAACAGCCAUACAAGCCAAAAUAAUUUUAAGGGUAUUUGAAUGAUUUCUGGAGGAGUAUUUUCAUUAGUCAUUUGGACACUUGCAUCUUAGUUUUACCUUUCUAAGAUAGGCCUAAGAGGCAACCUCUGCUUCUGAUUUAGUUCAAGAUCUACAAGGGACAAAACAGGUGAAUGGAGAGGUCCUACAGAGGGCCGCUCCUCAGGGAUGGCAAAUGUGUGGCUUUUCCUUUCAGAGACUGGUCCAUGUGUCAAAAUGUAAUUUCAUAAAGUUACCAUGAUAGCUUUUGCCCAGAGGUUUCAUUGUCUCUUAAAAUGUAUAUUGUUUGCAUUCAUUUCAGCUCCAUUCUUUCUAAUGCAAUUGUCAAAGCAGAGCUUAUUCCCCCUUGGAGCUGGUAAAAUUGUGCUCCUCCACAUGCACCAAACUCUCUGAAGCUGCUAGUGUAGGCUCUGCUGCUGCUGUUUCAAAAAGGUUCCUCAAAUUCUCUCAGUGCUGAACUUAUUUAUGUUUUCAGAUGUGAACUUGAUAUUGUCUGAGUAGAAUGUGUGCAGCAUAAUAUAGAAAUGUCUCUGCGCAGGGUUUAGGAGGAGGCAGGAGCCCCUCAGCCAUGUGUCUGUGCUUUUAUUACAGAGAACCAAGAUGAAGUUGUACUGUUUAGUCACCUGUUACAGCUGGUUUAAUUUGUACUUUGUUUUCAUGUUUUAAGUGCCUGAUGUUUUUUUUGUCAAGGAGGCAAUGGUUUCACUGUUAUAAGGCAUACUUAGAAUUCUGUACUUGUUACCUGUUCUGUAAUAGAAUAUUUUUGCAAUUUAUGUUUGGAAAUAAAGACUUAUUAGGCAUAA